AUGGACGUGUACCCCCCGCACCGGCUGGGGUCGCCCCGCGCGUGGUCUCCCGGGGGCUUCGGCCGCGGGUCGCCCUCCGUCAGCUGCAGCCGACUCCGCCAGGUUCAGAGCAUCCUGACCCAGAGCAGCAAGUCUCAACCCGAUGGGAUCCUCUGCAUUCUAGGAAUCGAUAGCAGAUACAAUGAAGGCUGCAGAGAGCUGGCAAAUUAUCUUCUGUUUGGUUUGUACAAUCAGAAUGCCAGUGAUUUUGAGAAAACAGGGUUUUCUGAAGAAGUUCUAGAUGAUGUAAUUAUAUUAAUUAAAUCAGACAGUGUCCAUCUGUACUGUAAUCCUGUAAACUAUCGCUAUCUCUUACCCUGUGUGGCACAUUGGAGAAAUCUGCAUUUGCACUGCAUGACUGAAAAUGAGUAUGAAGAUGAGGAAGCUGCAGAAGAAUUUAAAAUUGCCAGCUUUGUGGACAUGGUUCGAGACUGUAGUAGAAUUGGCAUUCCUUAUAGCUCCCAAGGUCACUUGCAGAUAUUUGAUAUGUUUGUAGUGGAGAAAUGGCCAAUUGUGCAGGCCUUUGCACUUGAGGGCAUUGGAGGGGAUGGAUUUUUUACCAUGAAAUAUGAGUUGCAGGAUGUGAGUUUGAAUCUAUGGAAUGUCUACAGCAAAAUGGAUCCUAUGUCUCUGGAGAGUUUGCUUUCAGAAGAUUUGAUGUCUUUUGAACAUCAGUGGACUAACUUCUUCGCUAAUUUUGACACGGAAGUUCCUUUCCUGCUGGAACUUUCUGAAUCUCAGGCGGGUGAGCCAUUCAGAAGUUAUUUCAGCCAUGGAAUGAUCUCUAGCCAUAUAACUGAAAACAGCCCUAAUAGACAACCAUUUGUUCUCUUUGGUAAUCACUCCACACGAGAAAACCUGAACGCUGGCAGCUUUAACUUCCCCUCUGAAGGGCACCUGGUACGCAACACUGGUCCCAGUGGGAGCUUUGCCAAACACAUGGUGGUACAGUGCGUCUCACCAAAGGGACCCCUUGCUUGUUCAAGAACAUACUUUUUUGGAGCUACUCAUGUUCCUUACUUGGGUGAUGACAACAAGCUGCCCAAGAAAACGGAACAAAUUAGGCUCUUGUCACAGGUAUAUGCUGCUGUUAUUGAGGCUGUUUUGGCUGGCAUUGCAUGUUAUGCUAAAACUUCCAGUCUAACAAAGGCCAAGGAAGUAGCUGAGCAGACCCUGGGAUCUGAGUUAGAUUUCUUUGAGUUGAUGCAGUUUAAGGCAGCCCUACGCUCCAAGAUGGCUUUUCAUAUACAUGCUGUGAAUAAUCAGGGAAGAAUUGUGCCUCUGGACAGUGAAGAUAGCUUAUACUUUGUGAAGACGGCUUGUAUGACUGUCUAUGACAUUCCUGACUUGCUGGGAGGAAGGGGGAGCUUAGGAUCUGUGGUCUUCUCAGAAUCAUUUUUGACAUCUCAGAUAUUGGUUAAAGAAAAGGAUGGCACUGUUAACACAGAAACCAGCUCCAUAGUCCUGACAGCUGCCAUACCCAGAUUCUGUUCCUGGCUGGUAGAAGAUAAUGAAGUAAAAUUGUCUGAGAAAACCCAGCAAGCAGUGAAGGGAGAUGAAUGUUUUCUGGGAACUUUUCUAACAGGAGGAGAAGGAGCAUAUCUUUAUUCCAGCAAUGCACAGUCUUGGCCUGAGGAAGGGAAAUUGUACUUCUUCUCUAGUGGCCUUCUGUUUUCUCACCGUCAUCAUGGAAGCAUCAUCAUUUCCAAGGAUCACAUGAAUUCCAUUUCAUUCUAUGAUGGGGAUUCUACCAGUGUUGUUGCUGUCCUUCUGAUAUACUUCAGAAGCUCAUUACUUCCUCAUCUCCCAGUUCAUUUCCAUGGUUCAAGCAAUUUUAUGAUGAUUGCCCUUUUCCCCAAAUCAAAGAUCUACCAAGCAUUUUACCCAGAGGUCUUCUCCCUCUGGCAACAGCAGGCUAACUCAGGGCUGUCUUUAAAAGUGAUCCAGGAAGAUGGAUUAUCUGUGGAACAAAAGAGAUUACAUUCCAGUGCACAGAAGCUCUUCAGUGUCCUGAGCCAUGCUGCCAGAGAGAAACGAAGUCCUCUAACGCUGCUCUCCGCCAAACUCCCAGAGCUGGACUGGUUUCUCCAGCAUUUCGCCAUCAGCAGCGUUAGUCAGGAGCCUGUGAUGAGGGCCCAUCUCCCUGUCCUACUGCAGCAAACUGAAAUCAACCCUACUCACCGAGUAGAAAAUGACAAGGUCAUUAUCAGCAUUGUAACUGGCCUCCCGGGAUGUCAUGCUAGCGAGCUCUGUGCUUUUCUGGUCGCUCUGCAUAAGGAAUAUGGCAGGUGGAUGGUGUACCGCCAAGUCAUGGACAGCUCUGAGUGUUUUCAUGCUGCCCAUUUCCAGAAGUACCUUUCCAGUGCCCUGGAGGCCCAGCGGAACCGCUCUGCCCGCCAGUCAGCCUACAUCCGCAAGAAGACCAGAUUGUUGGUGGUGUUACAAGGCUACACAGAUGUUAUUGAUGUUGUCCAGGCCCUGCAGACUCAUCCAGACUCAAAUGUCAAGUCUUCCUUCACCAUUGGUGCCAUCACAGUGUGUGUGGAGCCCCUGAGCUGCUACAUGGAGCACAGAUUUCUCUUUCCGAAAUGUCUUGACCAGUGUUCACAAGGCCUGGUGAAUAAUGUGGUGUUCACCAGUCACACCAUGGAGCAGAGGCACCCUCUCCUCGUUCAGCUGCAGAGCCUCAUCAGGGCUACCAAUCCUACCGCAGCCUUCAUUCUUGCAGAAAAUGGGAUUGUCACCAGGAAUGAAGACAUUGAGCUGAUUCUAUCAGAAAACAGUUUUUCAAGUCCUCAGAUGCUACGAUCUCGAUAUUUAAUGUAUCCUGGCUGGUAUGAAGGUAAAUUUGAUGCUGGAUCAGUCUUUCCAUUAAUGGUUCAGAUCUGUGUGUGGUUUGGUCGUCCCCUGGAGAAGACUCGCUUUGUGGCCAAAUGUAAAGCAAUUCACUCUUCCAUCAAGCCGAGUCCUUUCUCUGGAAACAUCUACCACAUCCUGGGCAAAGUGAAGUUUUCAGACUCUGAGAAGACCAUGGAGGUCUGCCACAAUACUCUGGCCAAUUCCUUGAGCAUUGUGCCUGUAUUGGAGGGACCCACGCCACCACCCAACUCCCGAGGCACACCUCAAGACAGCAGCGGGCAACAGGAGUGUUACCUCGUGUUCAUCGGCUGCUCCCUGAAGGAAGAAAGUGUCAAGGACUGGCUACGGCAGUGUGCUAAGCAGAAGCCUCAGAGGAAAGCUCUGAAGACCAGGGGGAUGCUGACCCAGCAGGAGAUCAGGAACAUCCAUGUUAAACGCCACCUGGACCCCCUACCUGCAGGCUACUUUUAUAAUGGCAGCCAGUUUGUCAAUUUCUUUGGUGACAAGACUGAUUUUCACCCACUCAUGGACCAGUUCAUGAAUGACUAUGUGGAAGAAGCCAACCGGGAGAUCGAAAAGUAUAACCGGGAGCUGGAGCAGCAGGAAUAUCACGAUCUCUUCGAGCAGAGGCCUUAG